GUGACUUUGGCCUGGCCACCAAAGUGGAGUACGACGGCGAGCGCAAGAAGACCCUGUGCGGGACCCCCAACUACAUUGCCCCGGAGGUGCUGGGCAAGAAGGGGCACAGCUUUGAGGUGGACAUCUGGUCCAUCGGCUGCAUCAUGUACACUCUGCUGGUGGGGAAACCGCCUUUUGAAACCUCUUGUCUAAAAGAAACAUACAUCCGAAUCAAGAAGAACGAGUAUACUAUUCCCAAGCACAUCAACCCCGUAGCUGCUAACCUCAUCCAGAAGAUGCUGAGGUCUGACCCUGCCACGCGCCCAACUAUCGACGAGUUGCUGAAUGACGAGUUCUUCACGUCGGGAUACAUCCCCAGCCGCUUGCCCACCAGCUGCCUCACCGUUGCACCUAGAUUUUCAAUUGCUCCCAGUGGACUUGAACUGAACGGGCGAAAGCCACUGACUGCACUCAACAAAGGACCAGACAGCCCUGCACUAGAGAACUUGCCGGAAAAGGAAGACGUAGCCGGGCUGCGGGAGCUGGGAGAUGCUGUCGACUGUCACUUAGCAGACAUGUUACAGCAGCUGACUGCCGUAAACUCGGCCAAGCCCUCCGAGAGAGUGGCAGUGAGACAAGAAGAAGCCGAAGACCCAGCCUGCAUUCCCAUCUUCUGGGUUAGCAAAUGGGUGGACUACUCGGAUAAAUAUGGUCUAGGUUACCAGCUGUGUGACAACAGCGUUGGAGUGCUCUUCAACGACUCCACUCGUCUUAUUAUGUACAACGAUGGGGAUAGCUUGCAGUACAUCGAGCAAAACGGCACCGAGUCCUAUUUCACUGUGAGAUCCUACCCCUCUGCCUUGAACAAGAAGAUAACACUAUUGAAAUACUUCCGGAACUAUAUGAGCGAGCACUUGCUGAAGGCGGGUGCUAACAUCACGCCGCGGGAAGGAGACGAGCUGGCCCGUUUGCCCUACCUCUGCACGUGGUUCCGGACCCGCAGCGCCAUCAUCCUGCACCUCAGCAACGGCACUGUGCAGAUCAACUUCUUCCAGGACCACACCAAAGUCAUCUUGUGCCCUCUCAUGGCUGCUGUCACGUACAUAGAUGAGAAACGGGACUUCCGCACGUACAAGCUGAGCCUCAUUGAGGAACACGGAUGCUGCAAGGAGCUGGCCAGCCGGCUCCGCUAUGCUCGCACCAUGGUGGAGAAGCUCCUCAGUUCAAAGUCUGGCUCAGCCCGUGUGAAACCCUCUGCUUAGACCUUGUUCUCGAUGGACUCAACAUCUGUGCCAACUGUCCCAGCCGUGGCUGGGGAGGUUUAGUAGCAUCCCUGCUCGCGCUGUAGCCUCCCAUCACGUAGCGGGGCUCCCGCUCCAGGGUACAGCCUAGUUGGCACGAGGAAGCCCCUGAUGCUGUGGGAAUGGCGUUGUUCACUCUGACUGCUACCCAAAGGUUUCUUGCUCCCCACUCCUAUUAGAAAGUUUAUUUUUUAAUUGCCCACCUAGUCUUUUUUUUUUUUUUUUGUAACUUCCCAAAGCCAAAAGCCUGACUCAAAACCCAACCCUCUUGUUUGAGGCUCCUGGGCCUUCUCUUGAGAGAACAAAGCACAGGGAGAGCAGAACUAUCAUGUAAGUUAUUUGUACAUGUCUGUGCUGAUGCCCUAGGCUUUUGUUUCCUCUUGUAGAAAUUCAGGUAAGGUAUUUAACAUGCCUUAGGGUGAGACUGAGCAAUCAGCCUUUUAAUACUGAAAUUAAUCUACAUGAAACCUAAACUUUUGUAUAUUGCAUAACUUGAUUAAAGAUUGUUC